AUGGAGGAAGUUCACUCAAGCGGAGAAAACACGCUAACCCUUGCUCGAUCAGGUCCCUCGUACACCAAGGCGGACGAUUGCCAGCAUUCGAAAUCGAAAACGUUUAAUUCACCACAAUUUAUAAAUCAAAAGCGAAAGGGCUCAGAGAAUCCAGAGAUCAAAUCUGAUAGCCACCAAGAUUUUGAAAAUGAUCCAAGCACUCGUGGGAACCCAAUCAAAAGAGUGAGAAUGCAGUCACCGAAACGUGGCAACACCCCGGGAGUUCCAGCUCACAGUUCCGAUAAUCCCAUUAUAAUCGAAGACGAAGAUAUCGCCUGCCACCA